UAAAACUGCUUUCCUCUUGAAAAUAUAGAAGGUUUGAGAGAGAGGAUAAAGAGUUCGCCUGUAUUCAAUGGCGUGUCUGCAACUCUGGUUUUUCGAAAGUACUGUAUAAUACCCAUUGGCUGUUUUCCAACUUCCAAUUAAGUUGAUAGUUCUAAUGGCAAAACCAGUUCUGUAUUCAUUUCAUCUUCUUCUGCUGAUUGUUUUUCUUGCUACCCAUCGUUCAGACCAGCUGCAACCCUUUCAAACUCAGAGUCUUCUGAAAAUCCAGCAGCUUCUUGACUACCCACUGGCUUUAAGUAGCUUCAGCAACACAACAGACUUCUGCAGCAUUGAACCAACUCCAUAUCUAACUCUAGCAUGCUAUGAAGACAACAUAACGCAGCUGCACAUUAUUGGCAACUAUGGUGUUCCUCCACCGCCUCAAAAUCUCUUAUCGGAUACUUUCUUCACCGCUCUGGCUAGUUUAUCAAGCUUGAAAGUGCUCUCUUUGGUUUCUCUGGGUAUAUGGGGGCCAUUGCCUAGAAGUAUUGGUAGUUUAUCUUCACUGGAAAUACUAAAUGUAAGCAUAAAUUACUUCAAUGGUACUAUUCCAGUACAGCUUUCAUCUCUGAAGAGCCUCCAAACUGUCAUACUUGACAAUAACCAGUUCACAGGUCAAGUUCCUGGUUGGCUAGGUUCACUCCCUGUUUUGGCCGUGCUGAGUUUGAAGAACAAUUCACUUAGUGGGAUUAUACCGAAUUCUGUGACAACUUUGCAGGCCUUAAGAGUUCUUGCUCUCUCAAGGAAUAAUCUGUCGGGGGAAGUGCCUGAUCUUAGCAGCUUGACAAACCUUCAAGUUCUUGAUUUGGAAGAUAAUUCUUUUGGGCCGCAUUUCCCUACUUUGGCUCCCAAGUUGGUUUCUCUUGUGCUCAGAAAGAACAGGUUUCGCUUUGGCAUACCUGCCGAAAUAGGCUCCUAUUAUCAGCUCCAAAAGCUGGAUAUUUCUUUGAAUGAAUUUGUUGGACCAUUUUUGCCAUCCUUGCUGUCACUGCCCUCAAUUAAUUAUCUCGAUGUAUCGGAAAACAAGUUCACUGGGAAGCUCUUCCAAAACAUGUCGUGCAAUGAUGAGCUUACUCUUGUCAAUUUAUCCUCAAAUCUUUUGGUAGGAGAUUUGCCCACUUGUUUGCAGUUGGACUCCGAAAGCAGGGUUGUGCUGUAUGCUAAAAAUUGCUUCUCAAAUGAUAACGAUCAACAGCAUCCUUCUGACCUUUGCCACAAUGAAGCUCUGGCAGUAAACAUUCCUCUACAUGAGCAAAAGCAUAGUAGACCUAUUGCCAAAGCAGUUCUUACAUCAGGUACAGUGGGAGGGAUGGUGGGAGCUAUUGCAGUUCUUUGGGUGGGUUUCUUGGUUAUCAGGAGGGUAUACAAGCCUUCCAUAAAAACUCCUCCAACAAGGUCAAUUACCGAGCGUGUGUCUCCAGUAAACACAGCAAAAUUACUUUCAGAUGCAAGGUAUAUAUCAGAGACAAUGAAGCUGGGAGCUAGCCUUCCUGCUUAUCGAACCUAUGCUUUGGAGGAGCUCAAGGAGGCUACAAAUAACUUUCAUGCAUCGUCUCUCAUAGGUGAAGGCUCAAGUGGUCAGGAAUAUAAAGGGAUACUUUCUGAUGGAAGUCUCAUUGCCAUACGAAGCUUAAAAAUGAGAAAGAGGCACAGUCCCCAGACAUAUAUGCCCCAGAUUGAGCUGAUAUCAAAACUUAGACACUGCCAUUUGGUCAGUGCUCUUGGACACUGCUUUGAGUGCCACCAGGAUGACUCAAGCGUCAGCAGAUUAUUUAUUAUAUUCGAGUUUAUCCCAAGUGGGACAUUAAGAGACUACAUCUCUGGAUUUGCAGGACAAAAAUUUACUUGGACACAAAGAAUAGCAGCUGCAAUCGGAGUUGUGAAGGGAAUUCAAUUUCUGCAUGCGGGGAUUUUUCCUGGAUUAUAUUCAAAUAACCUGAGGAUAACAGACGUUGUUUUGGAUCAGAAUCUUCAUGUUAAAAUCAGAAGUAAUAAUCUGCCUCAGUUAGCCGGAAACAGAGGAAUGGUAGGUGGAGUUUCAUCUGCUGGACCUAAAGGAAUUAUUCAGGCAAGGAUACAACAUGAGGAUAAGAAUGAUGUAUACGACAUAGGAGUAAUCUUACUGGAGAUCAUUUUGGGAAGGUCAAUCAUGUUCCAUAAUGAAGUUGGUAUCAUAAAAGAUCUCGUACAAGCAAGCAUAACCACUGAUGAUUCAUCUCGAAGAAGUAUUGCCGAUCCAACAGUUCAAAAGGAGUGCUCCGAUGAAUCAUUGAAGACAAUGAUGGAGAUAUGCGUGAGGUGUCUGUCCAGCAUACCAUCUGAGAGGCCUUCUGUUGACGAUGUUCUUUGGAAUUUGCAGUUUGUGGCCGCACAGGUUCAAGAUUCAUGGAGAGGAGACGCCCAGAACAAUGAAGACUGAGCUGUGACAUCCUCCAGAGAGAUGUUUUGCUUUUCAACUUCCUAAUGCACGCACGAAUUAUUGUGCAGUGUUGCUAUGACAUAUAUGAGUCCAAUGCAACGGCAUUGGAUGAAAACAUCCAUAUGGCUACUCCAAAAUGUCUCUUGUAUAUGCCUAUACAUGCACAAAUAUAUCCUUCAACCCUCUUUGUUCCCCUUUUCUUCUUUUUUUGGUCAAAUGCAAAAUCGGCUGGUGUUGUUUUGAA